AUGACCAGCCUGUCGUUGGUACUGCUGUUUGCUGUUACCCACGCUCUCGUGUGCCAGGCGUCACCGGCCUACGAGAUCCUGCAAGUCGCUGACGAGGAGGGUGUGAGUGAGGGUCUGAAAUCGGAGGGAGCAGAAGAGCAGGAAGCGGUGCAAGAGCAGGAGGAGGAGGAGGAUGAGAAGAGGUCAAGUGAAUUGAAGGCAGAUGCUGAGGAGCUGGAGACUGGGUUGGUUGAAGGUGUUUUGGCUCCUGCGCGCGGUAGACGCGGCAUAUUAUGCGUUCGCAUUUGUAUUGGCAGAAUUUGCAGAGUUGCCUGUAGACGUGUUUAACCGCAUCGACACUUACAAUAAAGAUCCUGUUUUGAUUAAUGAGCCAUUUAUUCUUGCAACAUGCGAAGAUGCUCGGGCGGUUUGGAGGAGCAUUGCGGGAUGAGUAGGCUGCAAUCAGUUUUGUUUCGGAUGAACUAAUUAGACAAAAGCAGGGAGAAGGGGCAUGCCACCGUCAACUCUUCCCGCGUGUGAAUUGCCGCAAAAUUAAAAGCUUGUCUUUUUCACUGAUUAAUCCACUUGAUUGCAGUCCUCGCCAAAGUACCAUGCAGCCUUGAUGCAUCUCUGCAUGGAACGUCAUCUUCCCAUAUGAGCUCCGGAGGAAGGUUAGUAAAGAAGACGAAGGAGAGUGAACUUACUCCGUGUGAUUUUGUAGAUGAACGCAAAGAUAUCCAUGCGGCGGCGAUCGUUAGCGUUCAUCUGUUGCAUCCUGAAUCUGGAUGCCAUAUUAUUGGAGGAGGAGGAGGAGGAGGAGGAGGAGGAGACAUUUGGAGACACGUUUAGUGAUGCCUCCAAUGACCUUGAAACCAUAUGCAUCGCCAAAAUGGAAAGUCUGUUUAGAAUCUGA